UCCCUUUUUCUUGUCUUGUAAUUACGACUACACAGGAAUGGAGGGUGAGACUGUAACUCAUGGUUCACCAAGCAGUGUUGCAGAAGAUCACACAGUUAAAUCAUUUCCCUGUCUGUACUGUUCAAGAAAGUUUCAAAGUUCACAAGCAUUGGGAGGCCAUCAAAAUGCCCACAAAAAAGAGAGAGAUUCUGCUAGAAAGACCAAAAAGGCUUCCCAAUAUGUUGUCAACAAUUUCCCUUUACUUUCACAUCCCCCAUUAGUGUUAUCUCCCAACUAUCCAAUUGGGAUUCUUAAUCCAUCAGCUUAUAUUACUCCCCAUGCAGCCAGUCAUUGUCAAUUUCAAGGCCAGCAAUUUUCCAGCCCAUUUGGAGCAUCAAAUGGUGCCCCCAGAUUUCAGAAUGUGGUAUUAUAUAGAGGGAACUAUAUGAAUAACAUGUAUCAAUGUGAAGGAGAUGAUCAAAGCUUGACCAAUUGGCAAAGAAGUGCCAUAGGGUGCAAUGGCUUCAAUGAAGAAUGCUCUCAGAAUUUACCAAAAUUGAAUAAAAUUCAUAGCCAUGGGGGUGAUGACCGCAGGGAAAUAGAUCAGAAACUCGAUUUGUCUCUUCAUCUGUAGACAUAGGGUGAUUUAGAUUGAUCUGAUUGUAGUCAAGCUACGGCAGUGCUUUUUGUAACAACCAUAUAAUUUAUUUUUUUUGGGUUUGCCUUUGUGUAUUCUUAAUAAAAGAUCAGUACAU